AUGCCUUCGGCGAUUAAAAGAAGGAAGGUCGCGGCGACUACCUCGAAGAGUGCAACGACUACCAAGAUUCAAGCAUUGAGUUCCUUUGCUACAAUUUCAAAAGCAAGUACGAAGAGGGGAUUGAAGUCAAUUGCUGAUAAGACUAAACAAGUCGAACUGGUAUCAGUUACUGGAUUGGAUAAACCUUCAAUAAAUUUACGGAAGAGGAAAUUGGAUACGGAGGAGGAAUCAAGUAUCUUUGAAAAGGCAACAACUGAGAAAGAUGUUAAAGUAGCUUCACAGCAAUUGAUGCUUCCAGCAAAAGUUCCAAAGACACCGCACAAACCUAUCAAAACAUCCUCAAUCACCACCGAUACCCCAACCAAAGGCGCGCGUACCCUCCUCGAUCGCCUCCUCCUACAAACUCCAAAAAGACCUGUACAGAAAAGACCUUCUUUCUCGUCUUUAAGCUCCAUCUAUUCGAGUUCUGGCUCAGAAAAGUUAGCACUUACUCUUGCAAUACCACAAACUUGUGUCGAUGGAAAGGAGGAGGAAGGAGAAACAAAAGAGGAUCUUAAAGAAUCCAUUCCUGCCGAACUCAUCGACAUCAUAAAUCUACACGCUGCUCUUCUCACAGCACUUACACUCCAUUGCGCCCACAAUGGAUCUAAUGCGCCCGCAGACUUACGUAAUCUCUGCCCAGACGUCGCCCGAGCAUGGGGAAAACGGAAGGUUAUCUUGGACGACAUCCGCCAGGCUCUUGGUAUCCUAAACUCGCACAUCAACGGCAGCACAGAAAAUAAGAAUCUGUCUACCAUUACUCUUUCGGAUUAUGGAUUCGGGAAGAUAUGUGUGGAAAUUGAACCCGGGAAUGGAGGUGGAAAGGGCAACAAUCUACGGCCAAUUGAUGAAGAGACACUUAAUGGCAUAUUUACUCAAAAAUUAAUGGUACAAUGGGAGUCGAAGGAGGAUGAUGUCACAGUUGAGGUAUUUAUGAAGGAAUUACCACUAGAGCCAAUCACACCUUGUUCUUCACUCUCGAAAAUGACACCCCUCCUGGCCAAAGGACAGCGUCGACUCGAAGAUAUGAAAGCAGGGAUUGUCGCAAAAAAAGACCUCAGAAGAACAAAGUCAUCACCAGCUCUUAUCGGAGCUGCAACUUCCAAGUCCACUUCCACGUCUGCUUCAACUUUUGCCGACAAGAAACCCACUCUUCUCGAGCGUCUUCGCGCCAAACAACUCAGGCAAUCUCUCCUUCCCCAAGCUCCUUCUCCCGGACAAGUAGCUCGGAAAGCAGCUUUAUCAAGAAUGGAAGAGGUGGUUAAGGUUCUCAGUAUCGUCAGUACAUCAGGAUCAGCUGGUCAACAGAGAAUUUCCUUCACAAUGCCGACUCUAAUUGGAAAAUUGAAGGAUUCAUUUAAGACUCCUUUAUCGAAAGAUGAGGCAAUCACCGUUGUGAAACUAUUAGCAGAUGAAAUCGCGCCGGAAUGGGUCCAGUUGGCGAACAUGGGAAAGAUGGAAGCGGUGGUCUUUGAUAGAGAGAGGAGAGUUGAGGAGGAGAGUGUGAGGGAAAGGGUAAAAAGAGCUCAAGGUACUUGA